GUUUAUUUCCUGUUAAACAUAAAUAGAGGACACACGUGAAAAUGUCAAGAGUGGAAAGAUAACAGUCGCUUACAGAUCUUCUCUUGCUGGCUUCAUGUAAUCAUGGUGAUGAAAUUUCCAGAAAUUCCCAAGUCUGUUUUCAGACUCAGCUUAUUUGGAACCAUAUGUGGAGCAGUAGUCCUUAUCAAGGAUUACACCAAAGGGAGAAAAUAUAAAAGUGAGGAGAGGAUGGCUGGAAAAACAGUGAUCGUGACGGGAGCCAACAGUGGCAUCGGCAAGGCAACCAGCCAUGAUCUCGCAAAAAGAGGUGCUCGGGUUAUAAUGGCGUGCCGAGAUAUGGGAGCAUGUGGAAGGGCUAAAGAUACAAUCAUUAAAGAAACUUACAAUCAAAAUAUUUGUUGCAAGUACCUGGAUCUCAGCUCAAUGCAGUCCAUUCGCAAAUUCGCAGAAGAAAUGAAUAAAGAGAAUCGUGUAGACAUUUUAAUCAACAAUGCUGGAAUAAUGAUGUGUAAGCGGGCACUGACAGCAGAGGGCAUAGAACUACAGCUGGGAGUCAACCAUUUUGGAAGUUUCCUCCUGACCCACCUUCUACUGGACAAACUGAAAGCAUCUGCCCCCAGUCGGAUAGUCAAUCUAACAAGUUUAAGUUAUAAAACCUCAUGUAUCAAUUUUGAAGACUUGAAUUCAGAAAAUAAUUACAGCGAAAGUGAAGCAUACAAACAGAGCAAGUUUGCACUUGUCCUAAGCACUAAGGAAUAUGCUAAGAAACUUGAAGGUACGGGAGUAACUAUCAACUUGGUGUACCCCGGAGUUACCAAAACAAAAAUCAGCCGACAUACAGACUUACAGAAAUCCUUCUUAUCAUGGAUCGUCCUGGGACCUGUGUUCUGGCUUGUAGAAAAGUCUCCAGAGGAGGGCGCUCAGACAGUUAUCUAUGCGGCUGUGGAGCCAAGUAUUGAAAAAACCAACGGUAAAAUCUUCAUUGACCUAGAAGAACAAGAAAUCCCCUACCUGCGCAAGACAGACGAGGCAGAUGGAAAACGACUUUUCGCAACCAGCCAAAAAUGGUCACGGAUCACAUGACCAUGGAGGGUUUUAGGGAUAAAUUAAUAACAUAAUCACCAUAACAUUAGUUUUCAAAAUUCUAAGCUUAGGAACUGCUGUUUUGUUUUCUGCUGCUCGAAUAUUGAUCAGCAUCAAGUUCAAGGGUAUAAUUUUUAAGUACUUUACAGUAAAGAGAAUUGAAUUAGAACCAUAUACAUACACCUAUCUGAAUUUAUAGAUGCACAUCUGACAGAAUUUGAAAGUAUUUUUCAAAUUCCUUUCUAAGACUUCUUUGGUAUAGAAUUUUGCUGUAUUUACUUUGUUUUCGAAAUUGACUAAAUGUUGUGUUCAUUGUCUAAACGUUCAUUGACCAAAUGUUCAUUGACUAAAUGUUCAUUGACUAAAUGUUCAUUGACUAAAUGUUCAUCAAAAUAAUUGAUGCCAAUGAUGAGUGUGAGAUUUUUGUAAAGUAUUAAUGUCUGGUUUUUGAAAGACUUAUCAAGUGAAGUAUUUUAACAGUUUACAUAUAUAUAAAGGGAUAUUCCUCUCAACUUAGGAUUUCAUAAUACUUUCUAUAAAAAUUGCACAAAAGCAUUUAUUUAAUGUUCUUAUGGAAAUGGUAUGCCUCAAUUUACCAUAUUAAUAAACAUGAGAUAGAAAGUCUGUAGAGAUCUCACAAUAUGGAUUUACAAACAUCCAGGUAGCUCUGAUCGCGUCAUAACAGGUUUGAACUAGCACUAAUGUAAUGGUAUUUUCGUUAUGAAAUCAUUAAACUCUAUACAAUGAGCUGGCAAGUUGAAUAUCAAUAUUUUUGGAUUGAUGGUUUUACUAUGCAUAACACUCACCCCUCUCUUUGAAGUGGCCACCUCAAUGAAGAAAUAUUGGCACAGAUAUAUGUUAUUGACUGACAGGUUAUGUGUUGAUGUUAAGGAAGAAGUUGCAGAUAGACUGUAUGCCUAAACAAGCAGUCAGAUUUCCUGUAGUGAGGAUGUGUACAUUGUAUUAUUAUUAUUACAGCCAACAGGAAUUUUUUAUUCUUUGAAUGACUGCAAUAACAUGAUAAUGUUUUCUAUGCCUGAUAUGAUGGAUGCUAGAUUUUAUCAGAGAAAAUGUGUCUGUGAUUGUAUAUUGGUGUGUAUGAUAUUUAUAAAAAAAAUGACAUAAUGUGAAAUAAAUCUAAUUGUGUUUGACUACU